ACUAAGAACAUCUGCAAGUGUGGUUAUUAGAUGGUCGUAGAUAAAAAUAAAAAAAUAAAAAGCACGAAGUAAAUGUCUUCAGUUUGCACGAGAUGCUAUAUUAGUCAGCAAAAGAACGGAAGAGAAAUAUGUGUUAAAACCACAAAAGGAAAUUGCAAAAAGACCCUAUGAACAAGGACUGAACAAUGCAAAUGGUUUCAUUUUAUAUAUUUAGAUUAUAACUUAAGUGAUUUUGAUAUUUAAUAUUUUAUAAUUCACCUUAUUUUUCAAUAUGGAAGCAAACCCUUUUCUGCAUAAGUGCCAGACUUCAAAUUCAUAAGCUGCUAUGGUUAAAUAAGUAAGAUUAAAAAAGUGCAGUAGACCCUAAAACUACUGUCCUAGACACCAGUGGUUAUGACAGUACAUUAAAAUAAUAUAACAAAUACUAUUAUGUGACAUCAAGCAGCAUUAACUUUGUUUUUUGACAUUGCUUUCACAUUCAUGUUAAAACUUGCUCCUAAAAAAAGGUGUAUUGCAUGGCUUGCAGGAAUACUUGAUUCUGACUGGUCAGCUGCUUUCACCGUAGUACACUGCAAUGCUUUAUAUAGUGCAUUUUGACAGCAUAGCGAGACUAGCUUAUGUACUUUGCAAUACUUCAUGGGAGUUGAGCAUGCCCUGCAGAGUUCUUUAAUUUGCUUGUCAAGACUGAUGGUGGAAUGUUCUCUUCAGCAUCAUGGAUAACUAACAUCCUGUGUGGACAUCGAGUAACUCUUCUGAAGUUUCAUGAUAUUAUUCAUAAGCUGUUUUAUUGACAUCUUUGCGUGGUUGAAAAUCUUAAUGAACGAUCACAUGAUACAUGACGUGGAUUUUGUGUUAUUAUAGAUCACACCACAUUAAAACACGACAAAACCGCAUGUAUUGUUUCAGUCUCAUCAUUAAAUCAACAGAAUUUAAGUUAAGACUUUGUUUUGUUUCAAAGGUUACCUGCUGUUUUCUGUGUGUCGACACGCUGUCGAUGUCUUCUCUGUUCCGCCAGAGCUAUUUAUUUAUCCUGUCUGAACAACAACAAUAUUGAUGAUGGAGCAAGGAUUAGGCUUCAAUUCCACAUCUAACAGCACUGUCGUGGGUUCAAAGAACAUCGCUCCGGCUGUAGUUCUGGGUCUGUGGUGUUUGGUUGGUUUGCCAAGCAACAUUGUGGUAAUCAUCAGCAUUACUCGUGAGUGGAACAGAAAUCCAAGCUUCACUUUAAAACUAGUGCUAAACCUUGCGGUCUCUGAUGCUUUGACCCUAUGCCUGGUUCCUUUUGUGCUGCAUGCAAUACUCUAUGGAUGGAAGUUCGGCCUUUGGUUUUGUAAGCUCCUGUUUUUUUUGGGUCACUGUAGUCUGUAUGUUGGGGUCCUGACGGUCACCUCCAUGAGCAUCCACCGCUAUCACAAUGUCAUCAAGUCAAGAGUCACUAACAGAAUGAUACUGCAAAGACUGGAAAGACGGCACAGGCGCUUUCAGCUGAUUGGCAUCUGGUUUCUAGCUUUUGCUUUUUCCCUGCCAGUACUUUUUACCCAUAGACUCGAAGACAAGAAUGGACUUAAAAGAUGUCAGCGGAAAAUGGAGUCGCAGUCUGUGGUAGUGACUCUUUUGCUUUUUGAGAUCCUGGUUGGGUUUAUCAUUCCAUUUGUGACAAUGUUGACGUGUUAUCUAUGGUUGGACAAAGGGUUGAGACAAAAGGCCAAGAGCUCCAGUCUAACUUCUUCACAGGACCAGGACCAGGAACCUAGAAACCAGGGGACAAACGUUAGGAAUUACAAGAAGAGACUUGUGAUCAGCAUCGUUGUGGCUUUCUUUCUCUUUUGGACUCCUGUGUACAUUAUCAAUGUGAUUGAUAUAGUCAAAACUCUGACUAAAACAUCUCAUCCAGAUGUUCAUUCCCAACUGAAUUACUUCCGCCAGGUAUAUGGUGAUCUUAUCAAGACUCUGGCUUUAUUAAACUGCUGUCUGAAUCCUUUUCUUUAUGUUUUCUUUUCAAGAAAUGUCAUAAAGUGUACCAAGUAGACCCAACCCAUAUUUGUUCCACAGUUACAUAUUCAAAUAAUUAUUUAUAAGUUGUAAACCUUGUCUGCUAAUCUGGUGAUCAGUUUUCUUUUAAAAUAACGUCUUUGUUGUAAAAAGCUGCGUUAAUGCAAUUCUGAAAUCUAAUCUGCCAAAGGAUCAUCUGUGAGCGAAUAAAUGCUUACCAUAAUCAUAAAUGUACUGGAUAAUAUGUCUUAUUUACAAUAAUUUAAAUGAUUUUUAAUUUCUUUCAUUUGUGCAUGUUUUUGAAAAAAAUUGCCAUUUCAAUUUUUAGAAAGAUGAGAAAUAUGUUAAAUAAUUUAACAACCCUGUAAUGAAUUUGGUAGCUUGUGACAGCAGUAUACAGUAAGUAAACAAUAUUAUUUGAAUGUCUACGCAGUAUAGAGGAUGCACAUUUAGCUACAGUAUACAGUUAUGUUCCAGCCUGUUUCCUUCCUCUUGUUCUACAGUAAUAAUAGUAUACUUUAUUUGUAGCUAUAGUGUUUUAUAAAUGCUGUCCCACUUAUUAUAGUUCUUAUGUUUUCAUAAUGGAAUCAUAAGCACAAUGGGGCACUGCACACUCUUGCUUCAUUAACUGGGUUCUAAACAGAAACAGGAAUGGAAACACUGUGCAUGGUUGUCUGGUUGUUGACCACUUGGUUUAGUUUCAGAUGCUUAUCAGACAUGUGAUUGGCAUGAAGAUCAGUUUGCUUUGUCAACUCACAUCUGUAUUACAUUGAACUAUUUGAGCAGUGUAUGAAAAUGUAUUAAAUGCAUAUGUUUUUAAUUUACUUGUAUCACUAAACAAAACAUGAUUAAUAGCAAGAUGGACUGGAAUUUUUUUUAAUGAAAAUAUAUUAAACAUACAUUUCCAGUUAUGCAAUUUACAGUAACAUAUGUCAAUAUCAUUCAAAACCUUGAACACAGAUUUGAGAACAGAAUAACAGUACAACAUAUAUCAGGUCACCGUUUGGCUUAAAUGCUUCUUUUUUCCUUUCUUAUUUUUUUUUUUCAACUGGAUAAGGAUUUUGACUAUAUGCACAACAACAUGUUGCAGUACUUAAAAAGUUUAAUAAA